AUGGUAUCACAGAGCCAAACCGCAAGCCUCAAUAUCAUGUCUUCCUCAAUCAAAGAACCACAACUUACCAUCCAAUCAUUCCAUCAAUAUUCAAGCCUUAUUUCAAUUAAGCUAAGCACCACUAAUUAUCUUAUGUGGCGCUCUCAAAUCACCCCUUUGGUUCGCAGCUUAGGUGUAUUUCAUCAUCUCGAAAGUGAUGAAGUUCCAUCUGACGAAAUCAAAGACGACGCAGAGAAAAAGAGCCCAAAUCCAGUUUAUGCAACAUGGAUUAUCAACGAUGGUCUACUUCUUUCAUGGCUUUGCGGAACCAUGAAUGAAGAAAUGCUAUCAUCGAUCUUUGAUGCAGAAACGGCUCGCCAACUCUGGAAAUCCCUUGAGGAACAGCUUCUUCCGAUCACGAUCGAGAAAGAAAGAAACAUGAAAAACAUGUUCAUGACUAUCAAAAAGGGGUCACGGUCCUUAAAUGAAUACCUAAAAGAAUUCAAAUGGAUCUGUGACAACCUUAGUGCUAUAAAAAAGCCAGUUAGUGAUUUCGAUAAGGUUUUCCGAUUUGCAAAUGGCCUUGGACCAAAAUAUGAAAAUUUCCGAUUGGCCAUGUUAACAAAGCCUCCAUAUCCAACCUUUAGCCAAUUUGUAUUGGCACUUCAGGGGCAUGAACAAUCCUUAGAGACAUUACGAGACGAGGAAAAGAUAUUUCUCGAACACGAGCAAGCUUUUUAUGGUCAACGCGAACGAGGCCGUGGAAGUCGUGGAGGAAGAUUCAAUUCGAGGGGUCGAGGAUUUACUCCAGCAUGA